CGCACCAAUAGGCGAGUCGUGCGCGCUCCAAAGUGCUGACGCAAUACCGGAUGCGGAACUAAAUUUUCCGCAUAAACAACAACAUAGGGGGAGUAAGAUGGUGUACGUGUCCAACGGUCAAGUCCUGGACAGUAGUACACGGUCGCCAUGGAGACUGUCUUUCCUUAGCGAGCUCUUUUGGGGUGUAGUAGAGUUCAUCUGCCUGUUCUUUCAGACCCUCGUCCAGCCAGAUCUGUCAAAAGAUGGGAAUCAAAGUUCAAUAUCACGCUACAGUGAUGGAAGAGGUCCUCCAGGUUUUCCUGGGCGGAGGCGUAUGGGCAGGAUAAACCACGGUGGAGGCCCAAGUCCUCCUCCAAUGGGUGGUGGAUGAGGAAGGUAA